AUGACAGAAAACCAAAAUCUGGAGACUCCCAUGGAGCUUGUGCAAUAUCUCUACUCCAGACUCGCCCAGCUAGGUAUCGGCACCGUCUAUGGCAGCCUAUUCGAAUACGAUAACUCGAUUGUAGCAGCUGCGAGUAAAGCAGGUCUCAAGUACGCCAGGAGCUUCAACGAAGUGCACGCGGCAUUUGCAGCAGACGCCUACGCCCGCGUCAAAGGCAUCUCAGCGCUCAUAACCACCCACAGCUCCCCUGAAUCGACAGCCAACGAUAUCCUCUUCGGAGCACACGCAGACAAUAUCCCCGUCGUGCACAUCGUUGGCUAUCCGUCUACGAAGCAGGAUGAAAAUCGUGAGAUCAUUCGACGGUUGCUGCGACAGGGACAGAUUGGCUCGAUCGAUCAGGCCCUCGCCUACAACAGUGUGGUGGUGCUGGGAAUCUUUGAUCACAUCGCCUACGCGCCCAGACGGAUUGACGAUGCGUUAAGUGAUUGCUUGAUCAGUUCUCGUCCGGUAUACAUUGGGCUUCCUAUGGCGUAUGCGAAAUGUUUGAUCGAGGGGAAGUUGCUUCAGAGUCCUGUUUUUAGGGCCGUGCCGCGAAAUGACCCGAGAAAGGAGGAGCAUGUCACAGAGGUUAUCUUGCGCUAUCUUGUUUCCGCCAAGGAUCCGGUUAUUAUUGUCGACGGUGGUGUUAUAAAACAGGCUAUCCAGUCGCAGGUGCAGGAAUUUGUCAAGAGAACCAAAUUGCCCACCUUUGUCACGAUCGAAGGCCGACAUGCUAUUGAUGCCUCGCUUCCAAAUCACGGUGGUCUGUACGCUGGAUUGCAAUCUGCUCCAGGUAUUAAAGAGCGUGUUGACGCCUCCGACCUAGUCAUCCAAUUUGGAGCCCUCAAAACUCAUGUCAACACAACCCGUCAUCUUCACUUCCUCAAAUUCCAUAACAAGAUCGAAAUCUACAUGGAUGAACACCUCGUUGGCCGUACGAUAAGCUAUGGCCUACGCGCGCGGGGUUUGCUUAAAUCCAUACUUAGCCGUCUCGACGAAGUCGAUCUUAAUCCCGGCCCGGUCCCACAAAGCGGAGGCAUCGACGAUCCGUUACACCGUCUCGACUUCAACCCUCAUGAUGACGACGGCGAGCUUAUUACCAGAGACGUCCUAUGUCUCCGAAUAAUGAAAUGGAUGCGCGACGGCGAUCUCCUCAUCAAUCAUUUCCCCAUUGAAGAUGCCCAGAACUACGUCCACCACCCCAUCUGGGAACGAAAGGACGUAUCCUUUGGAGCAUGUCUAGGAGCCUGCUGCUCUGCGAACGAACUAGGCUCAACAAGCCGAGUCAUAGUGCUCAUCGACGUGGCAAGUUUCCAACAUGCCUCGCGGGAGCUAGCUACUAUCCUGAGCCUGGGAUUGUGUGCUAUUGUGUACGUCCCUUAA